AUGGAGCACCACACACUCCGUCCAGGGCAGCUCUCGUUACCGCAUCAACAGGCUGAGCAGACCCUGUCACUAUAUCUGACGUCAAAGCAGCUCUCGUUCCCGUAUCCACAGUCGGAGCAGCCCUUGCCUCUAUACCCAGGCCUAAGACAGCCAUACUCAUCACUAUAUCCGGAUAUAAAGCUGCUUUCGUCACCAUAUCCCAGAACUGAGCAGCCCCCACCACUCUCUAUCAAGAAAGAGCAGCCUUCGUCACCAUGCCCAGAGCCGGAGCAGCCGUUACCACCAUACCCAGGCCCAUGGCAACCUUCGUCACCACAUCCCAAAAUUGAACAACCUCUAGCACCACUAUAUCUGAAGUCGGAGCGGCCUUCAUUCCCAGAUUUAGAGCCGGAGCAGCCCCCACCAUUAUACCCAGGGCAGAGGCAACCUUCGUCACCAUAUCCAAAACUUGAGCAGUCCCUACCACCCUAUAUAAAGACAGAACAGCACUCAUCACCUUACCCCCAAACUGAGCUGCCUCCAGCAAUAUAUAUAAAGUCGGAGCACCCCUCGUCACCAUACUCGGAGCCCAGGCAGUCAUCACCAUAUCUACACCCAGAUCAGCCAUCAUCACCAUACCCGGAGCCAUUGCAGUCCUCGUCACCAUACUCGGAGCGCAGACAGUCAUCAUCACCAUAUCUACACCCAGAGCAGCCAUCAUCACCAUACCCGGAGCCAAUGCAGUCCUCAUCAGCAUAUCCUGAGCCCAGGCAGCCAUCAUCACCAUAUCUAUACCUAGAGCAGCCCGCAUCACCAAAUUCGGAGCCAAUGCAGUCCUCACCAUAUCCUGAGCCCAGCCAGCCAUCAUCACCACACCCACAUCCAGAGCAGCCUUCAUCACCACACCCACAUCCAGAGCAGCCUUCAUCACCACAUCCGGAGCCUGCGCUGCCGUCCGUACUACCAUACCUACACUUGGAGGAGCCCCUGUUAUCAUACCUGCACCCCGAGCCGCCCCCGUCACCGUCCAGCGAGUCUGAUCUGCCCCUGCUGCCCUACCCCGAUCACGGCGUCUCUUCGUAUGAAGGCCUUAGCGACGAGUUCCCGCCCCCGCCGUCACCUGAGAACCACCCCCACAGUUGUCGCAUCAUCCCAGCGUACAAGGGCGGCUUGAAGCUGAUCGCCGGGCCCCAUGUGUUUAUCCAGAGCAGGGCACACAAGAAAACGGUGUACUGGAAAUGCUUCACGAAGGCGUGCCCCUCAAGAGUUAGCACCAUCGACGGUAAGCUCCAAAAGUUUCCCUACCCACAUCACAACCACGCCCCCGUCCCUGGCCGGCUCGAGGUGGAGUUCCUGCUGUCGACGAUGAAGGUGCGAGCGGCCUACACGACAGAGCCCAUCAGAACCAUUGUGGAGAGCUCUUAUGCCCUGAUUGAAGAUGGCUGGUACUUCCCCAACCCUCCCCUCCGUCUGGACUGUGGGGAGGACUCUGUGGGCUGGUGGGUGUGGGGGAAGGAUGUUGAGAUGGGGAAGAGGCAAAGUGGAGAGUUUGGAGAGGUGGAACAAGGCGCUGUGUCCGUCACUUAA